ACCCAGGCUGCUAAAGCUAGCAGGGAGCAUGAAAGGAGGUGCCAAGAUCAAGGUCAGAUCACAGUUAAGGAAGGGCUGGGCCCUGGGGAGUCCCAGUAUUCGCGGAAGUGAAAGCGCGGGAGAGUAUGUGUGCAGAGGGUGUGUGCGACCCAUAGACGUGGCAGCUCCGGGUAGGGGACAAGCUGGGGCAGCAGGCUCUUCUUCGCAGGGCUGGCCGCCAGUCCCCGGGGAGCCUUGCAUCAGGCGGACAAUGCACCAGGCUGGCCAACGUCCCUGGCCUUCUGCAGCUGUGAAUGGCUCAGGGCAGGAGCCCCAAAGGCAACUCCCAGAGGUGCCAGGUGGGACCUGGGAACCACCGAGAGGGGAUGGGCUACCCCUGCUCACCAUCAUUGUUGCUGCUUUUGUCCUGCUGGCUCUCUGUAUCGUGGUGGCAGUCCACUUUGGGCCAAGACUACACCAGGGCCGUGCCACUCUCCCCGCAGAGCCACCAGCCCCAAAGCCGGAAGGCGGCAUCUACCUCAUCCACUGGCGAGUGCUGGGCCACCAGGAUGCUCAUGGAGACACCUGGCAGGAACCUCCUGUCCCUGGCUCCUGCCCUGUGCCAGAUGGGCCUAGGCUCAGCGUUGAUGAAGUCACAUGUCUGUAGGAGGGACACUUUGAAAAUUUGGACUGACCUGGCUCACAACAAGAAACUGGACAGAGAAUUAGGGCAAAAGCAACUUGGGGUCUGGACAUCAGAGCUUUGGAAAUGCACACAUGGACUCAGCUGGAGCUGCUCUCUCGGCGGAAUAUUUAUAGAGAAAGUGCUGAUGCGGACAGGAGAAAUAAAAGAAGCUUGAGGGCUUUGCCUGGAAACAUGCUCCUGUGAGCAUUACCAGGGCCCAAAGCUACCCUCACAAAGCUACUCCCUGCUUUUCGGGGACCAUCAGAUCCUUGACCCUCCUUUACCAAGUUUGUACCUCCUCCUCUCAUCCCUAAUCUCCUUUGCUUUUGGUGUCAGCAUGAGUCCAGCUUGCAAGAUUCCCCCACCAUCCCACCCCUGUGCGGGGAAUCUCAGAGUCUCACUGUAGAGGUCCUGCCCCCUGGACCCCCAGGUCCUGUGAGGGCUAGUCAGGGAGAGCUGAGGCAAAGAACCUAGAGGUAUGCCUUCUUUGGUACUCAGGAAAAGAAGGAAAAUCUGUUGCCCUUCACUGAUCAGAAGAUAACCCUUUGGCUCCUGGGGCCUAACCCUCCUCAACAACUUCCAAGGCCCUUGUAAAGCCCCAAGCACCCAUUAUAUCUCCCUACAUGGCUUUUGAAUGCCUCCUACUAUGUUGGGGCAAGACUUUUUCUUGGCUUCCUAGGAAGGGAUGGAGGGAAUUCAGGGGCUCUCUUUACCUGUCCCUUUUUGUGUGUAUGGGCCAGUUGGAAGCAGACUAAAACUUAUCCAUGACGUGUCCCAAAUCCAGAACCUUCCAGCUGGUGGGAACACAAGAAAGGAAAAGGAGCUCUAUGCUGUUUGUCUAAGGGAAAGAAGGAGUGAGGAGAGGGAUUUGCGGGGGGAUGGUGGGCGUGGAGGUUGAUAAGAUGUGGGAAGGCAGUGCUGAGCCUCUAG